AUGGACGAUCCAAAAACCAAUAACGACAAUUCAGACAACGAUGCUUUCGGCCGUGGUCCCAACCAUCCAGCGAAUGUGCCCGCUCCAAACGGAAUCAUCAAUAUUCCAAGGCCUGAGCAAGCCAAACAAUACAUCCACGAGGACGAGGAAGACGCAAUCACAGACUACAAUGUAAGUUUGCGACGUCCAGUACGUGCUCUACUUCCGAGGGGUGGCGCAUCCACUGUUGUUGCUGGCCUGACACAUGUACCUCUGCAGGCUCCUAUCAGUUGGUGGAUUCUAUCGACUUUGUUCCCGCUCAUUGCAGGAACGUUCGGACCAUUGGCCUCUGCUUUCAACAUUUGCGCUCUUGCAAUCCCCUGGAGGACGACGGUGGACUCAAAUUCCACAGAAUCCGAGGGCACCCAUAUUCAAGAUCCAGCAUCAUUUCUGGCGGUCAACGCUGUCAGCCUUGCUAUUGCUCUGAUUUCCAAUCUCGUCCUUCUAGCCCAGAUCACUGAUCGGCUUUCUCACCACCGAGCCUCCCCAAUCACGAUUGCUGGUUGGUAUGCCAGCUCAAUGCUUCUGCUAGGCUUAGUCGCAGCCACGCCGGACCAGCUACCACUACCCAACAACACUUCGGCAACCUAUUCUCAAGCUUUCUACUAUGCCAUAUUUGCAUGCAUCUUGUAUUUCAUCCUGGCAUCUCUGCUGCUCACGACUUCCCUCAGCUUGCACUUCCACGCUCCGUCAUUCAGCCGAUCGUUCAAGUUGACAAUGUCCCAGCGAUCGCUGAUGUUGCAAACAAUGCUUUUCUUGGGCUACCUUCUUGCGGCAGGUGCCGUCUACUCCCGCAUCGAAGGCUGGGACUAUCUUGAUGCCGUAUAUUUUGUCAACGUCACUCUCUUCACGAUCGGGCUUGGGGACUACCACCCGCUCACUCAUUUGGGGAGAUCAUUGUUCUUCCCAAUGGCCAUUGGCGGUAUCCUCUUUGUUGGUCUGAUGAUUGCCUCUAUCCGCACUCUUGUACUUGAAGCCGGUUCUCGCAAAAUCUCAACUCGUAUGGUGGAGAAGGCGCGCCACAAAGCCCUAAAAUCAGGAAACCCAAAGGAAGGCAAGAUAAAGCUGCGAGGUAUUCAAACCCGACAACUCGACGCAGACCCUUCGGUGGCGGAGCUCGAUCGCAGGAAACAGGAAUUCGAGAUCAUGCGCGAUGUCCAAAAGCAAGCUGCCCACGAUAACAGAAUGAUUGCGCUGGCAAUCUCUGGUUCGGCCUUUGUAAUUUUAUGGUUCGUUGGCGCUGUCGUCUUCUGGCAGGCCGAAGAAGCCACAGGGGGCGAAGACUGGUCAUACUUUGAGGCUCUGUACUUCACCUAUGUGGCUCUCUUGACAAUCGGGUACGGCGAAUUCUACCCCCAGACAAAUUCAGGCAAACCAGCCUUUGUCUUCUGGUCAUUGAUAGCUCUCCCAACACUCACAGUCCUGAUCGGUGCUGUCGGAGAUACGGUUUCUGAUCUUGUAGCGUCGACAACAUUAUGGCUGAGUCAGCACGCUCCGGAGAGCCUAAAACUCUUCCGACAGGCGAAGGCAACAGCACGGAAGAAGCGCAAUCGCGAAGGUGCUUUUCAAACAGCCAAGCCUCCUGGAUUCAUGGACGACGAGUCCGCAGCCGAAUGGGAUUUCGAGGACCAAAACAUCGCUAAAGCCAUCCAAGCCUUGGGUGGUCGACAACAAGACAACACCCACCCAGGGACCAAGCCGGAAGACGAAAAGGAGGCACAAGCAUUGCUGUCUGCGUAUCGUCUUCACAUUCUCCUACGUGAAAUGCAGAACGUUGUGCAACAUCUGGAUGCGCAGCCUCCUCGAAAGUAUACAUUCGAGGAGUGGACGUGGUUCCUGAAGCUGAUCUAUGAAGACGAGUCGGACCCACCAGGGCAUCGACUACCGUGGGACCGUGAUGUGGAUGUUGCAGCUCCGCUGAGAGAAAGAGACGGUCAGAAGUGGAGCUGGCUCGGGCAAGAAAGCCCGCUCAUGAGCAUGGAGGACGAGCCUAAAUGGGUUCUGGCCCGGUUACUGGAAGUCGCGCGAAGGAGGAGUAAAAAGAGGGGAGACUUCUGGUUGCAAAUCUGGAGAGAGCAAAGGGAAAGAGGUGCUUCGGAUGAUGAUUACUAG